AUGGAGAGCGGCGCCGACGGGCGCCUGGACGCCGCCGCCUUCCUCGGGGCCUGGCGGCGCUUCGACGCCGACGGCAAGUGGGGACACGCGUGGGGGGAGCCGGCUGAGGGGUGCGUGGGUGCCGGCCCCGCUGGGUGCCAUGUAGGGCUCUGUCCGGGCAGAGGGGAGGCGGGACCGCCGGGGUGGGUGCCCGUCAGGAUGUGUGGGUGGGUGGGAGCCUGGGAUGCUGCACAUGGGGCCGAUGUGUCCGAGCUUUACCCCCGCGAGGUCCUGCAGGUGUUUUCAAGCCCCCCUCUUUCUCCUCACCAUGAAUAUCAUAGCUCCCGUGACAUAGUUCCUGGAACUCGGGCAGUACCCCUGACCAUUAAUACAUUUGCUUUUUAUUUAGACAAUGGUUACAUAGAAGGGAAGGAGCUUGACGAUUUUUUUCAUCAUCUCCUGGAGAAACUGGGACCAGAAAGCACCAUCACAGAAGAAAAAGUUCAGAGAAUGAAGGAGCAAUUCAUGUCUGUCUACGAUGUCACCACAGAUGGACGCUUGCAAAUCCAGGAGCUUGCAAAUAUGAUCUUGCCGGAUGAUGAGAACUUCCUACUGCUUUUCCGACGGGAAACUCCCUUGGACAACAGCGUGGAAUUCAUGCGGAUCUGGCGCAGUUACGAUGCUGACAGCAGUGGAUUUAUUUCAGCUGGUGAACUCAAAGAUUUCCUGCGAGAUCUCUUUUUGCAGCAUAACAAGAUGGUUGCUGAAGUAAAGCUGGAAGAAUAUACUGAUACUAUGAUGAAAAUCUUUGACAAAAACAAAGAUGGGCGACUGGACCUGAAUGACCUGGCAAGGAUUCUGGCACUCCAGGAAAAUUUCCUUCUACAAUUUAAGAUGGAUGCUUGCAGCACAGAAGAAAGGAGGAGAGAUUUUGAGAAGAUCUUUGCACACUACGAUGUUAGUAAAACAGGAGCACUUGAAGGCCCAGAAGUGGAUGGGUUUGUCAAAGACAUGAUGGAACUGGUCAAGCCCAGCAUUAGCGGGGUGGACCUGGACAAGUUCCGCCAGAUCCUGCUCAACCACUGUGAUGUGAACAAGGAUGGGAAAAUUCAGAAAUCUGAACUAGCUUUGUGUCUCGGGCUGAAAAUUAACCCAUAGCUGGGAAAGUGCUUGUGGUUGUGUUUUCCUUGAAAGAUUUGCCUGCUGCUCCUCGUAGAAGUGUGUUCUCUGCUGCUAUGGGAGUGGUGGGGAGCUGAGGCACCAUGCUCCCAGGCUGGAGAGUGGGAUGUGCACAGGGGCCUCCUCACUCCACCAACUCCUUUGUGAUGUUCACUUGCUGUGCCUCUUGUGGGUCCCCUUAGCAAUGUCUCUGCCCACCAGCAGAUGAGCUGCUCAGAAGAGAGGUUGCUGCUUCUGCCCUCAUGAAAUGCUGCUCUGCCCAUUCUCCUAGGAUAGGAAUAAGCAUCUCCUCAAAAACAUUCCCUCAGUGCUCUCAGAGUGCAGCUACUAGGUGUUUCCGAUGGUCACUUUAUAUGUGUGAAGUCAUUACUUUGGUGAACAUUGUGCUUUGUGCAUUUAAAAUAUUGGAUGGAGGACAUGUAUUUGUGCAGAAAUAAAAUGGCAGUU